GCAGACACGGGGACGCAGGGACCUUGUACGACUAAAUAAUACAGAACUCUCCAGACUCGGAGCGAUUAUAUCAGGAUUUCCUCAAAGCUGCAGCAAAACACUAUGAAUACGCUGUAUUUCUGCGGACCGAGCAGGGCUAACGGAGUCUACUCUACUCCCCGCGGGAACUCGCUAUUUUAUGACUUCCACCACCAGAUGGCAGAGCAUUACCGGAUCUACACAGCAGGCCGUGCGCAGCCCGUCCAGACCUUCACGGUGGCGGAGCGCCUUGCAGAGCUGCUUCUGGAGGCGCGCUACGGGAACCAGCACAAACAGCGUCGGAGCCGCACGGCCUUCAGUGUGUCGCAGCUGCACGCGCUGGAGGAAGCCUUCCAGCAAACUCAGUAUCCCGACGUGAGCACGCGAGAGAGACUGGCCGUGUGCAUCAACCUCCCAGAAGCGCGCGUCCAGGUGUGGUUCAAGAAUAGGCGCGCAAAGUUUCGCAAAGGGCAGCGAUUCACUCCUUUCUCAAAAGGACUUGCUCGGGGGGACGCACGUGACUGCAAACAAGCCAAAGAAGAUCUGACGGACGAAGACAAAAGCUUCAGCUCACAAACGCAACUUUCACCUGUUAGAAAGUUUCUAACAUCAUCCACUCGGGAUAUCGACGCUCGUCCCACCAGCGCUUCCCCAGAGAGCCCAGCACGUUUCCAGACGCGCUCUACUCUGCAUUCCCCCACAGUUCUCGCGCCGUUUAUUUUUGGAGGACAGCAGCAUCAUCCAUUGCCGCGUGCUCUGGGCCUUUUGCCUUUCCCGCCUGCGUUCUUCCCCGUCAUGCAUCCGCACAGUAAUGCCGUGCUAGCGGCCAAAUGCGGCAACCUUCGACCACAGAGCGCCUGUCCUAUUAAAGUCUUGCUUCCCUCACAUCUGGACUUGUAGCAGCAUCAUAAAAACUAAAACAAAACAACGUUUUUAAAAAUCCUGCUCAUCUAGUUUGAGUGUCAACAUGAGGACAACACUUGACCCCGUUAUAGUGAAUUUCGUACUGCACAUGUCUGCGGCAGACGUCCACGAGUGAGAUGCCGCGGAGAUUACCUCGACAUGUGGACUGUUUGGAUGAGCUUUUGACUCACAAUACCUAAACAUGGUCUUGGUACUGAGGCAUAAAAAUAGCGCAACUUCAUUUUCAGACUGCGUGAGAGCCUGCUUAAAUACCGUGACCACAAAAUGACAAAAGUGUAGGCUAUAUAUCCAUUGAAAGUGUUGAUGCGGAAGUUUACCUUGACAUGACUUGUACACAUAAAAUUGUAUUUCAAACGACAUCACAUAUUUUCCCUGCGCAUGCUUGACUUGCAGUCCAUACACACGUUUAGAGUAAAAAUAUAAUUCUCUCGCUUUUAAACUCAAAAAGCUUUUGGGCUUCGCAUCGGUGUCCUUGUUUGUUUUG